AUGGUGGAUAGGAAACCUCGAUCCAUGCCAUCCAUUGUCUUCAAUGAUGAAGACUUUCACGCCCCUAACCCUGAUCAGGAUGAUCCCAUGGUCAUCACGGUCGAGAUAUCUCGGUGUCUCAUUAGCAAGUCUUCUGUAAUUCACAUGUUGGCAGGAUGUGUUGGUCUUCAGUGGUUUGAGAGUUGGGGAACCAAGAAGCUGUCUCAAGUUGGUCUUCCCAUGGUGACACAUAAUCAUAUUAUAAAGGUCUAUGAAGAUGAACCAGUGCUUCAAGCAUUUAAACUGAUGAGGAAAAAGAGAAUUGGGGGGUUGCCAGUGAUGAAAAGAGGUGGUGGCAGCAGGGCAAUUGGUAACAUAAGCCUGCAAGAUGUUCAAUUCCUCCUAACUGCUCCAGAAAUCUACCAUGACUAUAGGUCUAUUACAGCAAAAGACUUCCUGACAGCCGUUAGAAGCUACAUAGAGAAGCAUGAAGGGACCUUUCCAAUGUCAGAUGAACUGAUUACAUGCAAUACGGACUGCACAAUCAAAGAACUGAUUCAACUGCUUGACCAUGAGAAGAUUCAUAGGGUCUACGUUGCUGACAAUGAUGGGAAUCUUAAAGGACUGAUCACGCUAAGAGAUAUCAUCUCAAGGCUAGUACAUGAGCCCCGUGGCUAUUUUGGUGAUUUCUUUGAUGGGGUUCUCCCGAUGCCUCCUAACAGCAGGGUUUGACAUCCAUCCGACAAGAAUGACUUCUAAUGAAUCAGUAACAAAUUGAUCUGUUUCCCAUCAUAGCUGACGGCAAGAUCUUAGGGCAAGGCAAGGCCUUUGUAAAAAGCAACUUUGCAAGUUUAUUGCUCUCAUUUUGAGUUAGGUGAAACCGUGAAAUGUGAAAUUUUGUGUAAAUUAUGACAUAAUAAUCAGGAGUUUUGGUCACACUUCUUUCUUUUGAACAAGUUGAUCGUUUUGUUUAUCGAAACAGAAAUUGCUGAUGCCCAAUAAAGUAAUCCAUAAAGGGAA